GUUCAGUUUUAUAGGUUAGAGAGCAAACCUAAACAUUGUCAUCACUAUGGCAGAGUUAGACGGAAAUGCUGUUCUAGCACAAUCCCUAAAGGAACAGGGAAUCGAAUAUGUAUUUGGUAUAGUCGGAAUACCAGUAAUUGAGCUCAGUAUGGCCCUACAACAACAUGGUAUCCAUUAUAUUGGGAUGCGUAAUGAGCAAGCGGCUUGUUACUCUGCCCAAGCCAUAGGAUACCUUACUGGUACCCCGGGAGCGGUUCUGGUGGUAUCAGGACCUGGACUUCUCCACACUUAUGGAGGAAUGGCCAACGCUCAGAUCAACUGCUGGCCAAUGUUGGUUAUUGGAGGGUCUUGCCCAGAGGAUCAUGAAGGUAUUGGUGGAUUUCAAGAAUGCAACCAAGUGGAAUUAUCCAGACCGUAUUGCAAAUAUUCAGCAAGACCUCCAAGCGUACAACUCAUUCCACAACACGUUGAAAACGCAGUAAGAUAUGCCAAAGUAGGAAGACCCGGUGUGUCUUACUUAGACUUUCCUGCAAAUAUACUUGCAGGAAAAAUCCUAGAGACUGCAAUAACAACUUCACCAGGACCGGCAGAAAUCCCUCUAAUUUAUCCUGACCCAAAAGAGAUUGAAAAAGCCGUAGAAAUAUUAUUAAAAGCCCAAAGACCAUUGGUAAUUAUUGGUAAGGGUGCGGCGUAUUCCAGAGCUGAACAACAAAUCCGUGACUUAAUCAAAAAUACUAACUUGCCAUUUUUGGCGACACCAAUGGGUAAAGGUGUAGCACCAGAUACAUCACCAAACUGUAUAGCUUCAGCUAGAUCUACAGCUCUACUUAAAGCCGAUGUAGUUUUACUUUUGGGCGCCCGUUUGAACUGGAUUUUGCAUUUCGGUAGAACUCCCAGGUAUGCUGCUGAUACUAAGUUCAUACAAAUCGAUCUGAACCCUGAAGAGUUACAUAACAGCGUGAGAUCCUCAGUAGCAAUUCAAAGUGAUAUUAAAACAGCCGUUGAAGCACUAAUUAUCGGUCUACAAAAACGUACAUACAACUUUUCCAAUCAAAGCGAAUGGUGGAAAGUUUUGCUAAGGAAAUGCGAGGAAAAUAAAAAGGCAGUUCAAGCCAUGGCAAGUGACGUUAACACGCCCUUAAAUUAUUAUGCCGUCUUUAAACAUAUAUUUGAAUUGUUGCCGAAAGAUUGUAUUAUUGUUAGUGAAGGGGCUAACACCAUGGAUAUCGGUAGAACGAUGUUGUUGAACGAUUUACCUAGACACAGACUGGAUGCUGGUACUUUUGGAACUAUGGGGGUUGGUCCUGGUUUUGCUAUCGCAGCAGCUUUAUAUUGCAGACACUAUGAGCCAACUAAAAGAGUAAUUUGCGUUGAGGGCGAUUCGGCUUUUGGCUUUUCAGGAAUGGAAGUCGAAACUAUGGUUCGUUAUAAACUUCCCAUCACCAUCAUUAUUGUUAAUAAUUCUGGAAUAUACGGUGGUAUGGACGAGGAGUCGUAUAGGGAAAUACAAGAGGCUGGUGGUAAAGAUGAUAUAACUAAAAUGACUCCACCAACCAGUCUAUCAUAUGCUGCAAGGUACGAAAAAAUGAUGACCAUUUUUGGAAAGUCUGGAUUUUUCUGUAAAACUAUUCCAGAGUUGCAAAAUGCAGUGAGGGAAUCAUUAAAAAUUAAUGAUAGUCCUAGUAUUAUCAACGUUAUUAUAAAUCCUACUGCAGAUAGAAAACCACAAGCUUUUAACUGGUUGACAGAGUCUAAAUUAUAAAUUUUUCAUAUUAAAUAAAAAGCUUCCUAUUUA